GACGCUGUCUUCUCUCGGAUAAAUGUGGAUACAUUGACCGGAAAUGACGCACAGCAUUUUGAUCCGAACAACGGCUUGUGGUGACAUUUUAAAAUAACUAGCUAGCCAAGUAGUAUAAGGUACAGGAAGGUGCUAGGUAGCUAGCAAGAGGGGGAAAAUAGAUUUGGCCAUAAUUUCUCAUAAAGUUUACUAUGUACCAAUUUAGAGUGGUACACAGUUUAAGAUGUUAAAGAAGUCAGGAACGUAGCUGAAGACGAACAUUUAUCAUCCAGGUUUGGUCCUGCUCGGACCCGUUCAACUGGCGUGCCCCGACAAUCUGUGCUCUCGGACUAGAGACAGAGAGGCUCUGCACUUCCCUGACAUGAAGAUGGCAGACACGGAGAAGGCUGAGGAAUUUGCAGACUCAGAGACCCCACCAGAGCACCCUACGGAAGGAUCGGCGGCGACUUGCGUGGCCGGCGCAGGACAGGACGAGCCUGUUAAGACGGAGACAACCUCCCCUUCUGAGAAGGAGGUUGGCAGCCCCUUGCAGUCGGAGCCCAGCCUGCUGUCCAUGCCCUGCCUGCUGAUGGAGCUGCGGAGAGACUCCCCGGAGUCCCAGCAGGCCUCCACAGAGAGCGAGAAGCAGCCUUCCUCCGGGCGAGCCUACGAGAGCGACUCCUCCAACCCCUGCAUGCUCUCGCCGUCCUCCAGCGGCCACCUGGCAGACUCGGACACGCUCUCCUCCGGGGACGAGGUCGCCGGCGCGCGGGCGGGGGGCGACGGCGGCGCCGUCGAAGAGGGGGACCCCAGCGCGGCGGCCGGGGGCCCCGCCGCCGCGGGCGCCAGGAAGUCCAGGCGGUUGCGGUCCGAGAGCGAAAUGUCCAGCGCAAUGGCGGCAAAGAAGAACCGCUGCCAGCCAAGCGGGGCGGAGAAGCAGCCCAACGGCCGACUAGCCAAGGUGAAGGGUCACCAGAGCCAGAAGCACAAGGAGCGCAUGAGGCUGCUGCGGCAGAAGAGGGAAGCGGCGGCCCGUAAGAAGUACAACCUGCUGCAGGACAGCAGUACGAGCGACAGCGACCUGACCUGCGACUCCAGCACCAGCUCCUCGGACGACGACGACGAGGUGUCAGGGAGCAGCAAGACAAUCACCACUAACAUCCCAGCUGGCUUUGGCCGUGCCGAGGGAUCUUCAGGAGUGACCAGUCAAAUUCAGGGCCUGCUGGACAGCGGAGCAGCCUGGGACCGGAACAGCAUUGGGAAUGUUCUGGAAGAGGCCAUGACGCGCUUUGCUGUGAUGCAGCGGCAGACGGAGGAGCGUUUCCGCGUGUGGAUGGAGAAGCUCACGCGGCUCGACUCGGACGAAGACUCGUCCAAGAACUCCAGCGACCCCAGGGAGCCCAGAAGACACUCGGGCCGCCAGAGGGGGCCCCGCCCUUCCCCGCCCAGCUCCUUCUUGCCGUCCUCCGAAUCGCAGGAAACCUUGGCGUCAUAUGGAAUAACCAGGCAGAAUGUUGCCGUGGUGCCGCUCCCCCUCAACAACAACCCCCCCGAAAUGAUUUCCCAAAAUGGAAACCCUUCUGGCGAAGACCCUAAUCUUUUAAACAUUUAACAAUGAAAUCUGCUGGACUGAAAGCAGAAUGCUAUCUGUUAAAAUCCACUGAUUAGACUAAUUUUCAGUAAACAAGUAUCCCAGGAUAAGAUUUCCAACAGUGUGAUAUUCUACAGUUCCUUCUCUUUGUAGACAGCAGAAGUUGAGGAACGUAUAUGCGUGAAAAUGAUCACCUUUGUCCUGCAAAUAGUUUGACGUAGUUUCCGAAUGUGAUGAUAAUGCAUAGUCACCGUACAGUAACACAGAUGGGAAUCGUAUAUUAGAGAAGGCAUUUUCUGUUACUUAAGUGUUUGUUUGUUUUUUUUUUUGUUUGUUUUUUUGCAGCUGAAUGGUAAAACCUUAUUGCUAUUACAGGUUUCACACCAUUUCAUACCAUAGAACUGGAACUGUGUUUUGGGUCUUUAGAGAACACUUGUUUUGACAUAAAAAUUCAGAAUACACCUUAUCAUUGGUUACUCAGCUUGCUCAGGCAUUUAAAUACACAUGGCAAGAUCCCUGUGCCCCUUCUGAAUUGGAUGAAUAUCAGUUUAAAACGUUAAUCAAUAGGGAGAAAGCUGCAUUUGUGCCAGAAAAGGGCCUUUGCAUCUUUCUAGAAAUAAUCAGUGGCUCAUCUGAAGAUGGAUGCAAAUAUCUUUUUGGAGCUGCUGCUGUUGCAAGGACCUGCUGUGGGUGACUCGUGUCUCUGGCAGGUUUUGAUUCAUCAGAUGCUAAUGAAAGGUUUUCAGUCCCAUCUUCUUUAUACUUUGGAUGAAAAAGAAAGAAGGGAUUUUCAAAGACAUGGAAACUUGCAGCUAAAUGGAAGAUGGGGGGGCUGGGGGAAAUCCAACUUGUAGUGUGGGUGAGCACUUUUUGCACGUGCCUUUUUAAAUGAAAAUCCCAAUGGUAAUGUGUGAAAAUAAGUGUGCCAUUAAUCAAGAAUUACUUUCAAGCAUUUCACUGACUACUGAGCUUUGAGGCAGCAAUCCUGUAUUUUUAGAAUGAUGCUGUUAGCUAAAAAGUCACUUGUUAGAUUAAUUUAUAGAAUAGUUGGUGAUUCUUUCUUAUUUUUUAUUAAAAUGAUAAAUUUCUGAAUUUACCUUGAAGUGUCGGCAGUAUAUUCUCAAAUUCUGUGUUUUAUGUAACAAAGAUAUUUUCUGAACGAAUUAAGGUUCAGGCCCCCUUCUGUUUCUUGUAUUCAUACUGGUAAUCCAGUGUGCUUUCUGACACAUUACACCAAUCGCAUUCUGAAGUACAGUCCAGGUGCCAAUAACAGACUGCAUGAAUGCUGCAACUUGCAUUAAUGCCACCGAUUGGUUGACUGCCGUCAAUACUUGUUUUCACUGCAUCUUCAUUCGGUUCUAGUCUUUCUAGGCUUCGUCAUUUGGUGUGUGUUUCUCUCAAGCUGCAGUAGUGUUUCAGUUAGCCUUGUCAAGAAUUGUUAGCCUUAUCCAUCAGUGUUGUUUUUCUGCUGUAGUCUGAACUGUAGGCCUACUUUCAUUUGUGUUAAAAAAAUAAAAUAAAUAAAAUUAGACCUGCUUCAUCGCUGAUAGCCCACCUGUUUUGAUCCAUAUUUCCCAAAUAUAGAACACAAUCUCUGGAGUGAAUUAUUUCAGAGUCUGGAAUUAUUCUUGGUUGUUUAGAUACCUAAAAGGUAUGAUGACCCUUUAAUUUUUUUUGUCUCCUAUGGCCUACCUUGCCAAGCAUUUUCUUGAUAUUUGCUCUCAUCAAAACUAUAAAAACAGUUUUAAAGCCUUAAUUAUGUACUGUAUCGGUCACUGUGGUCCAGGGCAAUUUAUACAGCUUUUGUGAAUAGAGAUGAUGAAAGGUUCCAAGAGGACUGCCCUACUCUAUGCACUAACCCCCACUGGUGCAUGUAAGUUUUUAUGGAGAAAUGGGACAUUUCGAUUUGUGUCUGUGUAGGUACGUAUGGUGUGAAAUAAUAAGAGGGAGUGGUGUGUUUCAUUUUAAAUUAAUCCUGAAAGAUUCUGCACCACACUGAAUUUUUUUUUUUUUUUUAAGAUUACUGUAGAUAUGUUUUACAGUUUUGGCAGUGUUCCUCUCUUUGGCCAAUGCAUGCAGAAGUAAAACCAAGAAAACGUCCACCGCUUAAAUUUUUAAAAAUCAAAUCACGUUAACUGUAGCCUUGGAUGGCUCUGACUUUUCCGUAAUUCGGAACCCUUUCACAUGUUCAGUGUUGCACAUUGUGGAACAUAUGCAAGUAUAGUUGACCUAUUAAAAUGGAAAACAAAAAUCACUGCUUGUAGGUCAAUUUGCUUCUAAAUGCAGGUAAAUCACCUUAAAUGUUUAAUCCUUUUGGGUUUUUGUGGCAUGCAUGAGUUGUCCUAUGCCAGAGUGACAGUUUGAGAUUUUAGGGGACUGAUUUAUUUUUGAAAAAUAUGUCCAAUAUAUGUUAAUCAACACUGAACACAUACACUGAAAAAAUGUAACUUGUCUUCUAGAAAGGAAGUAUAUAUUUUGUGCAUUGAUUGGCAUAUUUUUAUUUUGUCAGAUGAGAGCUUCAAGCACAUUUCUCAUAACUGCAUGUUUAAGUGAAGCCAGUGGGUUUCCAUAUAGGACAGGAAUGAUUUAUCAGGUCAUGUUGCCUCAGAAUUUAUAAUGGUGCAUUUCAUAACUUUUUCAAAGUGAACAAUGUGGUCUCUGAUCCUCUGCUCUAUGGCCAUCAUGAAAUUGACAUCCGAUUAAAAGGACGACCAGACGAACAGCUCAUUUGAAUGUACUUAGGUUGAUGGCUUUCAAUUGAUAAACUUUUCAUUCUAGUUCAGUAAUAACUAAAUUAAUAUUUUGGUUGCUCACCUGAGACACAGUAUGUCCUGCAGCUAUGUUUUGCUUUUUAAAGAAAGGAAAGCAUAUUAUUUAUAUGAGAAAUAACUGCACAUCACUGCAGAGCUGAGAGAAACACACAUGCAUUUUUUUUUUGUCUUAAAAUGUGGCAUGCUAUUUUGCUUUAAAUUUCAACUUUCACUUAAGGACCAUAGUGCCAAAAUUGUAACUGUCUACUGGGCACAUGGAUUGAAAGCAAUCUUGUUCUUUGUGUUUAGUUUUUCAGAUAAUACGUCUUCUCAGAUGAAUGCCUUGUCCCCUUUUGAAUGCCAGGGAAAGUCAUAAUGGUUUCCACAGUCCCCUUUUGGUUUCUUAUCCGUUCUCGUUGCGGAUGUUUGGUGUUACCAAAGAAGUGCUGCCAAACUGGAGUUUCACUCGCUCUGUGGAUAAAUUUGUAAUGAACUGUAGCGUUCGGUUCCAACGCUAAGCUGCCUCUGUGUCAAAACGGCUGUGCAAGACUGACUCCUACUACACACUUCUAGAACUUUAAGGCAUGUAGUCUGCUUAAAGGCAUGGCUAAUUUAGGUUUGUAAUCCAACGGGAUUCCUAAAACAGGGUAUAUAUAGACUGCUACAGCCAAAGCAUGCCCUGGAUAUCGGUUCUAAAAAGCUGCUUAAUCUUUAUUCACAUGUAGAUACUUGAUUUUUUUUAAAUUUUAUUUUAUUUGAUGGUCUUUUAAACUCUACAGCUGUUGUUGCAUUCCAUUCCCUGUGAGCUUUUUUGCCAUUCAGAAAUUCAUGUGAAAUACAGUUUCAUUAGGUGAGGGGUGGGGAGUGGGGGGCAUGGGCAGGUUCUUUCUUUGACAUCCAUUUAUUUGAAUUCCCUUUAUUUUUCUUUGGACAACCUCUGAUUUACAUGGCCAUUGGAUAGUUUUUCAUAUGCAGCUGAGGUGACUGAAUGCUAUUUUAUGCUUGUGAGUACUUAUCAUUUUGUCCAUUUAAAUGGCUACUGUAAGGCGUUACAAACAAAACAGUUAAUUUGGUACAGUGCUUCAUGUUCUACCCAGUAAUCACUUAAAGGCAAAUACAAACUAUGUUAAGGUGGGGCAGUCGAGCAUUUAAUUUUGGCAGAAUUGUGAUAAUGUUGUUGUAGCAAAUUGAUCUUUUUCAUUCAAGGCCCAUUUGUGUUGGUCUACCCCAAGGCAUGGUAAACUUUUACCACGUUUCCAACAUGGAACUGACCAUGCCUGCAAGUGAACAGGGGGUAGUCUGUGUGUACAGCAGGCAGUGAUUGGUAGGUACUAGGGAGAAAUACGCCUUUUUAUUUGCAAACCCUUACAGUAUCCUUACAGUUGUGUAAUCUGUCCUGUUCACACCAAAGUGUUUACAAGGGAUGACUUUUUAACUGUGUUGGGAAUGCUGCCUUCUCUUUUGUUGCAGUGCCAUAAGAUUUUUUGCUGGUUUAGGUCACAUCUAAGGGGUCAUUAAGUUUGUUUGGUUUCAGAAAAAACACUUGAGUGUACCACUUGCUUUUGAUUUGCAAGUGGAGAUUAAGGUGUGUUUAUUUGGCUAGUUAAUUUUCUUCAUGCAGUGUGUAUAGACCUGUAAAACUGACUCGCAGUAAAUAAAGUUCAUUUUGAAAUGUAA